GCUUUCUUUCUUUGAUACAUAGCAUAAAGGGGAGCCAACAAAAUCAUGGAUAGCUACGAGCGCUCCACUUCUUCGUAUUACUGGUUAUUUCGAAUAAUUGGCAUAGUUCCGUACAAGAAUCGUCGCUUCAACUUCAUACCAGCCAAAGUCAUCUCGAUGCUCAUCAUAGCAGCCCUGUUCAAUUACGUAUUCGUGUUUAUCUUUGGUACCGUGGCUAAAGCCAUCAAAGGCACCCUAACAGCUCGAUUUUUGUCGAGGACACUGCCCUUGAUGUCGCUGUGGGCUCGGCUUGUUAUACUCUACUCGAAGCGCCACUACUGCAACAGGACUCUGCACGAGUUUCGCCAGCUUUGGUCGCGCUGCGCGGACACUGGCCACGAGAAUCUUCUGCUACUGCUGCGCUUCAAUUACAAAAUACGACUAUUGUACAUUUUUUAUUUGGCUAAUUUUUUUUUGUUUGGCUUGGGUGCGUUUCUGCCGACGUUUUAUCGUCGACUGCCGCCCUUGCAGCCAAACGGCACGUCGAGGCGUAUAUUACCUUUCUUCUGGUACACCAAGGUCUACGACUCGCCAAAUUACGAGAUCGUCUACACCAUACACUGCAUAACUUAUGUUUGCAUAGUCGUCUCUAUUUCAGCUUGUAACGUUUUUCCUUCUUUUCUUUUUCUCGUGUGUUCUGGAUUUUUCAGAAUUCUGAGAAAAAGACUAAAUGAUCUCGCAAAAAUCGAUUGGUCAACCGAUACUAGUUACUACACAUCAUUGAUCGAGCUUGUGAAUCUUCAUCAAGAUAUUUUAAGUUUGAGCAAAAGGAGUGUAUCAUUGGCUCAAAAUUUAUUGCUUAUCAACUUGACGUCGGUGACUUAUAAUAUAGCUAUUAUUGCUCUCGAGUUUAUUGAUCCAACUUCAAAUAGACCAAGGCUCUUACCGAUUUUGAUAACAUUAAUGGUACAAUUGUUCAACAUUCAAUGGUCAGCAGAGUGUAUAAGGCAAGAGGUUGGUAGACUAAAAAUCACGAGAAAAAAAUUCAAACUAUUUUUCAUCUGUCAACGUGCAAAACAGAGUUAUUUAAUAGCCGAUGCGUCAUACUCGGCACUAAAACUGGAUGCAAGCGCAAAUUCCAGAUAUUGCAUUCGGAUGAUGAUAAUGAGAGCUCAAAAGCCAGUCGAGGUAAAGGCCGGUGGUAUUUAUUCCAUGUCGUUUGAAAGCUUGAACAGAAUAUCCGGGAAUAUAUACACCUUCUAUACGGUGUUGCGCAACGUACAGACUUGAAAUGAGCGGGCGUGGAGUUUAGUUUGUGCUCGUGGCGAUGAUGCCAGAAAAGCGUUGAGAAACGAGAUCCC